UUCGGCACCCGUAGAGUUGCCGUAAACUAGACGUGUACUUGCUGCAUUAUUGUUAUGUAGUUUCAUCAGAAUCGGGAAAUGCGUGUUUACAACCUCACACAAAACUCAUCUAUAACUAGUGUCCGUCACCCGACUCACUUUUAACCGUUACUAAUGUUUUCAAGGCAUAAUGUCGUCAGAUUUGAUGUUAGAUUUCGUAAAUCAGUCGGUGAUGAAUAAGGAAGCAGGGGAUAUUUCCAUCGAUCAGGAUGGAGAGUGGGAUAUCAGUUUAUUUGAUGAGCUGGAGGAUCUUGGGGAUGCUGACGAGCUUCUGGAGGCGUUGGUGGAGAGUGUAGGCUAUGACACCUCUGUUCCUGACCUGAACUUUGACAUUGAGCACCCAUUGUGGAGUAGCCCUCGAUCAGAUGGUGAUGUAACUGUAGACUCACUGUCACCAAACCACACACUCAGUUCAGUGUCCUCACCAGCGUCAGUGGAGCCCCACUCACCGUACUCCAUACAUGAUGAGGCACUAUCUCCAGUCUCCUGGUAUUCUCAGCCCUCUCCACUGUCUGUCUAUUCUGACUCGAGUGGUUUUGCUGAGGCACCCACUGAGAAGAAGCCUAUCAAGAGGACCAAUCAGACAAAAGCAAAGCCUCUUCAGCCAGCAAAGAGACCCAUACAGGUUAGCCCCAAGGUUUCCAUUCAGCCUAAACCUCUCAUUACCACGGUGCCCAUCACCCAUGCUACAGCCCCGCUUCAGACCAAGACCAUCAUCAUCCAACCUCUCCAGACUACUGUUCUGCCUGUGGUGAAACCUUCACCUGUCACUAUUCAGCCAGCGCCCCCUACAGGUCAACAAAUGCUGCUAUCUCAGCCCACUCAGGUUGUCCAGCUUCAGACGCCUCAGGCAGUGCCCACGCGUGUAGUCACUGUGUCAACGCUGGCUCAGGACAGAUCCAUCUCUGUUGUUGCUCCGGUAACAGCAUCUCCUGUGGUCACCAUGACACUACAGAAUUCCAGCCUUGAGGAUGAUUCAAGUGCUUCUCGGAGACAGCAGCGCAUGAUAAAGAACAGAGAGUCUGCCUCUCUCUCCCGGAAGAAGAAAAAGGAGUAUUUGCUGACGCUGGAGGCCCGUCUGAAGGUGGCGCUCUCAGAGAACGAGAAGCUGAAGAAUGAAAAUGGCACACUGAAAAGACAAGUGGAAGGCCUUAUGAGUGAGAACUCUGUGCUGAAAGCAACAGCUCCAAAACGGAGAGCUGUGUGUCUUAUGGCGGUCCUGGUCUUCUUGGUCUUCAACUUGGGUCCAAUGAGUCUGCUUGGAGGAUACAGAGGGUCUACGUUUCCUGCUGCCCCUGGGUUCAAUGGCAGACACCUGCUGGGCUUUUCCCCAGAGUCAGAGAAAAACUUCAAUUCAGACCGGCCUCAGACUGAUACAUUUAACCCUGUGAACAGGUUGGAGGAUGUGGAAUCAGAGCAGAAGGCUCUGAUGGUAGUCAAGGAUCCUCUGUAUUUCAGAACUCCACCCCCCUGCCAGCCACCCGUCAACAGGACCAAGUGCAUUAAGAUAGCACAUGAGCUAAGAGGCUGGGUACAUCGUCAUGAGGUUGAGCGGACCAAAACCCGCCGCAUGAGCAACACUCAAAACAGAGGCAGAACCAUCCCGAAAGCAGCAGAUAAACAGGCUGAGGUACCACAGAUAAUGACACAGAUCCAGUACACGGAUUCCACUGAAAAGAUUCCCAGCAGCGAGCUGCAGGUGUACUAUGCCCCGCGCCGCACCUACAAUGACUUCUUUGAUGAACUCAACAGAAGAGGGGACACAUUCUACGUGAUCUCUUUCCGCCGGGAUCACCUCCUCCUUCCCGCCACCAAUCACAACAAAGGCAGCCGCCCCAAGAUGUCUGUGAUCCUGCCAGCUAUGAAUUAUAAUGAGAGCAUCAUAAAAGACAAAGAGUUUGAGGUGAUGAUGCAGAUCGACUGUGAGGUCAUGGACACCAGGAUCCUCCACAUCAAGUCGUCUAGUAUUCCACCCAUCUUGCGGGUAAAUCAGACGGACACAGGCUCUUUCUAUCACGCGGCCCCCAGCAAUAAUCAGCCCGCGGCCCCAGUUGGAGUCCUCAUGGGUUCUUCUUAGUUCCAGCAAUCCACUAACCACAAAAAAUGAAUUGAUUUGUUGUGAAUUAGCCAGUUUUCCAACCAUCAGCUAUUUGGUUACAUAAUAAGCCUCUCCUUUUCUUUUUUGGGACUUUCUAUUCGAGUGGCAAAUGAAGAUCUUGGUAAUCUUCUACCAAGAUCCUCAAGAUAAUUGAUCAACUCUUGCAGUCACCUCUUCAAAAUGCAUCUAGUGGGCCAUUCAGUACUAAUGAAAGUCAGAUUACUGUCUUUAUUCCAUUGUUUCCAGAGACCACUGUUACACAUCUAUCAUCAAAGGCAUCUACAUUUACAUUUAUGUAUUUGACUGAAGUGCUUUCAAGAUAUACAUGUCUUUUCAGUUUGUGUGUGCCCUAGACAUUGAACCCACAACCUUAGGGUUGUUGGUGCCAUACACUGCCAACAGGAGCAUUCAUCUACCAAAUCUCCCAAACCAAAGUGCGAUCGGGCUCGAUUAUUGAAUUCUUCUCUGCUAUAUGUGGUAGCUGUCAGGGACUUGUCUUUGAUUUAGUUUGCACUGUGCUUAUUUUGUUUUAUAAAAUUUAUUGAAAUAUUUAUGAAGAUUUGUACCUUGCUUGUCUGGUGGACCUUUAAUGGUCAUAUUCAGCUAAUUAUUCUUCAAUACUACUAUCCUCAAACGUGAGUUUUGUGUUUUUUGUUUUGUUUUUUUUGCUUUAUGACGUAACUAUUGAAUAGAAAAGUAAGAAAAUGGAUUAUUUCCAUUUUGAGUCUGUGACAUUUUGUAUAAUUUGCUUGCAUUUUUCAUUCUUCUGAUUCUGCACAGUGAUAAAUAUAUCAACAACAACAAAAAAAAGUGUAAAAGAAGAUACAGUAUUUAGAUAAUACUUCUGUCUUAUGUUUAGUCUUUGAAGGUUAAUCAUUUUUGACUAAUUCUAAUUGAAAUAGCAGUUUGGGGUUAGGGUUCAGGCUACAUCUGUCAGUUCUUUUUAAUAUAUUUUAUGCCCUCAUGUUCAUCUUAGUGGGUUUAAAUGAGGUGUACUUGACAUAAAUUCAGUUCUUAACAUAACACCGUUUAAUUUGAAGUUUUAGGAGACACACAAUUAUUAAUGCUAAUAUUUUACCUUGUCUGUCCUUGUACACUAUGUAUUUGUCUCUGUUAUUCUGGCCUAUUUAGAUGUUUGCUCGUUUCUUGUUAAGGAUGCUGUGGUCAGUUAUCAUUUUGAAAGCAGUGUGCUCAUUAGCUUGUCCUGUCCAACCUGUUUUCACUUUCAAAGAACCAUUCCCCUUCAAAGACAAACUUACAUGUGCUGACCAAUCACCAUUAGAACUCCUCUAAGAGGGGGGGUUGUAGGAUUCUUCAUAAUUUGAAUUUCACAAAUUAUAAAAACUCAGGUGAAGCUUUGUUCUCCAAAUGUGAAUGAUUUAUUAGAAUAUUUUAGUGAGAGAAAAUAUCACAUUUCAACCUUGGCAUUGCAGUAGAAAUGUCUUUGUUGUGUUCCUAAUUAAUACUCUUUAAUUUCAUCAAAUCCCUUUUUCUUUUUGAGCAAUGUUUUUAUGUUGAAUCUAUUUUCUGUAUCUUUUUGUUUGUUUGUUCACACAGUGAAAGAAAUGAAAGCAAUUUUGUAACAAUGCAAAGUAAUAAACACUGGACUGAA